AUGGACAACAAGGACAACGCUUCCAUCGAGCUGCAUUCAUACCAUGAGUCGCUGGAGACUCAAGAAGCGUCCAGCUGGGACAAGAAGCUUAAGGACAAGGUCAGAAACGAAUGGGCUCGUGACCGUCGUUUCCUACAUAGACAUAGGGGCAGUGAGGGAGAAGUAGAAUAUGCCAAGAGCGAUGAGGACGCAACACUUACCAAGGCUUCCAAGAGACAUGUGCGUGCGUCGUCUGUGUCUACUGCGUCGUCGUCGAUAGCGGAGGAGGACAUUGAUGCUACAGGGGUUGUGGAAGAGGCACAGGUCAAGAGAGAGUUGAAACCUCGCCAUAUUGGGAUGAUUGCGCUUGGUGGUACUAUUGGUACUGGUUUAUUUAUUGGUAUUGCCACGCCCAUUCAAAACGCAGGUCCUGUGGGGUCGUUGAUCGCAUAUAUUUUCAUGGGGACCCUGGUGUUUAGUGUGACACAAUCUCUGGGUGAGAUGGCCACGUUUAUCCCUGUGACGUCGUCGUUCACUGUUUUUGCCUCGAGAUUUGUAUCGGAUCCGUUUGGUGCUGCCUGUGGGUAUAUGUAUUGGUUUUCAUGGGCCAUUACCUUUGCCUUAGAAUUGUCUGUUGUGGGCCAAGUCAUUGAGUUUUGGACUUUUAAAGUACCUCUAGCGGCAUGGAUUUCUAUAUUUUGGGUCUUAAUUGUCAUUAUGAACUUCUUCCCUGUUAAAGUAUAUGGUGAAUUUGAAUUCUGGGUGGCUUCGAUUAAAGUCAUUGCCAUUAUUGGGUUCAUCAUCUAUUGUUUAUGUAUGGUGUGUGGUGCAGGUAUCACCGGUCCAGUUGGGUUCCGUUAUUGGAGACAUCCAGGUCCUUGGGGCCCUGGUAUUAUUUCCAAGGAUAAAAAUGAAGCCAGAUUUUUGGGUUGGGUUUCUUCUUUGAUUAACGCUGCUUUCACAUAUCAAGGUACCGAAUUGGUUGGUAUUACAGCUGGGGAAGCCGCCAACCCAAGAAAAUCCGUUCCACGUGCUAUUAAGAAAGUCAGUGUUCGUAUCUUACUGUUCUACAUCCUAUCGUUGUUUUUCAUCGGUCUAUUGGUUCCAUAUAACGAUCCAAAACUAUCUUCCACGGAUUCUUACGUCUCAGCAUCACCUUUUAUUAUUGCCAUUCAAAACUCGGGUACAAAAGUUUUGCCACAUAUUUUUAACGCAGUCAUUUUAACUACAAUCAUUUCUGCUGCAAAUUCAAACGUGUAUGUCGGUUCACGUAUCUUAUAUGGGUUAUCUAGUGCUAAAUUAGCUCCUAAAUUCUUCCAAAAGACUCGUAACGGUGUUCCUUUCAUUGCAGUCUUAUUUACAGCCGCAUUUGGUGCUCUUGCCUACAUGGAAACCUCUGCAGGUGGUCAAAAUGCUUUCAACUGGUUAUUAAACAUCACCGGUGUCGCAGGUUUUUUCGCUUGGCUUUCUAUCUCGAUAUCUCAUAUCAGAUUUAUGCAAACUUUAAAACAUCGUGGUAUGUCGAGAGACGAUCUACCUUACAAAGCCGCCUUGAUGCCGGGCCUUGCCUAUUACGGUGCAUUCUUUGUGACUUUGAUCAUCUUGAUUCAAGGGUUCACUGCUUUCGCCCCUAAAUUCGAUUCCACGGCGUUCUUAACGGCAUACAUCUCUUGUUUCCUGUUCCUUUUCAUCUAUAUCGUAGCUCAAUGCUAUUUCAGAACAAGACUAUGGAGAACUCUCGAUGAUGUGGAUAUAGAUACUGAUAGAAGAGAUAUCGAUACCGUCAUCUGGGAAGAAGGCCCACAAACCUUCUGGGAUAAAUUCUGGGCUGUCAUUGCCUAA